GAAGAAUUUGAGCGCUCAGUCGGUCCGUGUUCAACGUGUUUAACUUCAUUUAUGUUCAUCAUGAGAGCGCAGGUGGAUGUGAUCUGCUGUAAAUCAGUAGGAACUGAUCUGUCCAUGCUGGAUAUUGAUGAUUUCAUCACGGAAAUCUCUCAGCUGAAGAAAGAGGUGAUGUCACUGAAGACAAAACUGAAGGAAACAGAAUUUGUUUCACCCUGCACCUGUUUUGAGCAAGUUAAAUUUGAGAUUGAGCUGGAAAAGGUUUCCUGUCAAUCUUCAGUGUGUGUGACUGAUGGGACCUCCACAGAAUGUCAGGAUUCAGUGUGGAGCGGCAGAGAUCAGUCCACACCACAGCGACUGCUGGACAAACUCUCUGAACAGAGAUCCAGAGACACACAGGACUCACAGCUCACUUUACUCUGUUCUACUGACGGUAAUCAGGGUGAUCAAACCUCCACAGAGUGUCUGACUUCUGUCUGUAAUGCUGAAGAACAGCAGACAAUGCAGAUACCAGUGAAGAUGUGUUCCGUGAAGCUGCUGGACUGCAGGAAUCUGAUGAAGAUGAGAAGAGAAACCACACCAGAGGAACAACAGAGAGAUAAAGAUGAUAGUGAUCAAACCUCCACAGAGUGUCUGACUUCUGUCUGUAAUGCUGGAGAACAGCAGAUGCUGCAGACACCAGUGAAGAAUGAAGUGAAGCUGGUAGAGAUAAAAGAAGAAAUCACAUCAGAGGAACAACAGAGAGAUGAUGAUGAUCAAACCUCCACAGAGUCUCUGACUUCUGUCUGUAAUGCUGGAGAACAGCAGAUGCUGCAGACACCAGCGGAGAUUGAAGUGAAGCUGGAGGAGAUAAAAGAAGAAAACACUCUAGAGGAACAACGGAUUGAUGAAGUUGGUGAUUUUUUUCCUUCAGAGCUGAUGGAAGUGAAAGAGGAACAUCAAAAACUGAAUGAAGUGGAGGAAAAACUUCAGUAUCAGAAACAUCAUAAUUUUACAACUUCACAUAAAAAGUCUUUGAGUUUCUCAAAGACUAAGAAGAAAUUCUCUCUAAAAAAGCCUCAAAGAAGAGCAGCCAAGGAAUCUUCCACUUGCUCUCAGUGUGGAAAGAGUUUCACAUAUAAAAGCCAGCUUAAUGUGCACAUGAGAGUUCACACAGUAGAGAAGUCUUACACAUGCCAUCAGUGUGGGAAAAGUUUCACAUAUGCAGGCCAUCUCAAGAAUCAUCUCCGUUGUCACUCUGGAGAAAGACCAUUUGAAUAUGCCAAGUGUCGUAAACCAUUUGUGUUGGAUUCAGUUCUAAAACAACAUCUGAAAACACUCACAAAUGAGAAGCCUUACAAGUGUUCUUCUUGUGAAAGUAGUUUUUCACACCUGUCCCAUUAUAAAGAUCAUCAGAAAAGACAUAACUGUGCCGGGGCCUAUAUGUGCUUUGAAUGUGGACAGACUUAUAUGAAAGUCAAAAACUUGAAACGGCACCAAAAAAUUCACGCUGGACUGAAACCUUACAAGUGCUCACAAUGUGGAAAGAGUUUCACUCAGUCACAAGACCUGAAAAAACAUGAGAGAAUUCAUACUGGAGAAAAACCUUACAAGUGCUCACAAUGUGGAAAGAGUUUCACUCAGUCACAAGACCUGAAAAAACAUGAGAGAAUUCAUACUGGAGAAAAACCUUACAAGUGCUCACACUGUGGAAAGAGUUUCACUCAGUCACAAGACCUGAAAAAACAUGAGAGAAUUCAUACUGGAGAAAAACCUUACAAGCGCUCAAACAGUGGAAAGAGUUUCGCUCAGUCAGAACACAUGAAAAAACAUGAGAGAAUUCAUACUGGAGAAAAACCUCACAAGUGCUCACAAUGUGGAAAGAGUUUCACUCAUUCACAUCACCUGAAAAAACACAAGAGAAUUCAUACUGGAGAAAAACCUUACAAGUGCUCACACUGUGAAAAGAGUUUCACUCAGUCACAACACCUGAAAAAACACAAGAGAAUUCAUACUGGAGAAAAACCUUACAAGUGCUCACACUGUGGAAAGAGUUUCACUCAGUCACAAGACCUGAAAAAACACAAGAGAAUUCAUACAGGAGAAAAACCUUACAAGUGCUCACACUGUGAAAAGAGUUUCAAUCAGUCACAAAACCUGAAAACACAUGAGAGAAUUCAUACAGGAGAAAAACCUCACAAGUGCUUAAACUGUGAAAAGAGUUUCACUCAGUCACAACACCUGAAAACACAUGAGAGAAUUCAUACAGGAGAAAAACCUUACAAGUGCUCACACUGUGAAAAGAGUUUCAAUCAGUCACAAAACCUGAAAACACACGAGAGAAUUCACACUGGAGAAAAAAGUGUGCAUACUGUGAAAAGAUUAGAGGUAAAUAAACUAGAGGAAAUAGAAGGCCAGGAUAGAGAUAAUGUUGUGUGGUGUGGAGAUUUUAAUGCCCACAAUACACUGUGGGGAGGAGAAAAGACAGACAACAAUGGACAGGUGAUUGAGGAGGUGAUGAAUGAUAGGAACUUAGUGUGUCUGAAUGAUGGUAGAAGAACUAGGAUUGAUAUUAGAACUGAAGAAGAAGAAGAAGAAGAACUCAAAGAAGAAUUUGAGCGAUCAGUCGGUCUGUGUUCAACGUGUUUAACUUCAUUUAUGUUCAUCAUGAGAGCGCAGGUGGAUGUAAUCUGCUGUAAAUCAGUAGGAACUGAUCUGUCCAUGCUGGAUAUUGAUGAUUUCAUCACGGAAAUCUCUCAGCUGAAGAAAGAGGUGACGUCACUGAAGACAAAACUGAAGGGAACAGAAUUUGUUUCACCCUGCACCUGUUUUGAGCAAGUUAAAUUUGAGAUUGAGCUGGAAAAGGUUUCCUGUCAAUCUUCAGUGUGUGUGACUGAUGGGACCUCCACAGAAUGUCAGGCUUCAGUGUGGAGCGGCAGAGAUCAGUCCACACCACAGCGACUGCUGGACAAACUCUCUGAACAGAGAUCCAGAGACACACAGGACUCACAGCUCACUUUACUCUGUUCUACUGACGGUAAUCAGGGUGAUCAAACCUCCACAGUGUCUCUGACUUCUGUUUGUAAUGCUGGAGAACAGCAGACGAUGCAGAUACCAGUGAAGAUUGAAGUGAACCUGCUGGACUGCAGGAAUCUGAUGAAGAUGAGAGAAACCACAGUAGAGGAACAACAGAGAGAUGAUGAUGAUCAAACCUCCACAGAGUCUCUUACGUCUGUCUGUAAUGCUGGAGAACAGCAGAUGCUGCAGACACCAGCGGAGAUUGAAGUGACGCUGGAGGAGAUAAAAGAAGAAAACACUCUAGAGGAACAACGGAGUGAUGAAGUUGGUGAUUAUUUUCCUUCAGAGCUGAUGGAAGUGAAAGAGGAACAUCAAAAACUGAAUGAAGUGGACGAAAAACUUCAGUAUCAGAAACAUCAUGAUUUUACAACUUCACAUAUAAAGUCUUUGAGUUUCUCAAAGACUAAGAAGAAAUUCUCUCUAAAAAAGCCUCAAAGAAGAGCAGCCAAGGAAUCUUCCAAGAAAUCUUCCACUUGCUUUCAGUGUGGAAAGAGUUUCACUCAGACACAAGACCUGAAAAAACACAAGAGAAUUCAUACUGGAGAAAAACCUUACAAGUGCUCACACUGUGGAAAGAGUUUCACUCAGUCACAAGACCUGAAAACACAUGAGAGAAUUCAUACAGGAGAAAAACCUUACAAGUGCUCACAAUGUGGAAAGAGUUUCACUCAGUCACAACACCUGAAAAAACAUGAGAGAAUUCAUACAGGAGAAAAACCUUACAAGUGCUCACAAUGUGGAAAGAGUUUCACUCAGUCACAACACCUGAAAAAACACGAGAGAAUUCAUACUGGAGAAAAAAGUGUGCAUACUGUGAAAAGAGUUUCAGUCUCUCAGAAUACCACAGCGUUUAACGGAGAUGAGGGGUGGUCGUUUGACCCCGGUCCCAUUACGGACACAGGCAAUAAGACAGUGAUCGCUAAGAUCCUGGUUAUAAACAGCAGAGAAUUUGAGCAAUCAGUCGGUCCGUGUUCAACGUGUUUAACUUCAUUUAUGUUCAUCAUGAGAGCGCAGGUGGAUGUGAUCUGCUGUAAAUCAGUAGGAACUGAUCUGUCCAUGCUGGAUAUUGAUGAUUUCAUCACGGAAAUCUCUCAGCUGAAGAAAGAGGUGACGUCACUGAAGACAAAACUGAAGGAAACAGAAUUUGUUUCACCCUGCACCUGUUUUGAGCAAGUUAAAUUUGAGAUUGAGCUGGAAAAGGUUUCCUGUCAAUCUUCAGUGUGUGUGACUGAUGGGACCUCCACAGAAUGUCAGGAUUCAGUGUGGAGCAGCAGAGAUCAGUCCACACCACAGCGACUGCUGGACAAACUCUCUGAACAGAGAUCCAGAGACACACAGGACUCACAGCUCACUUUACUCUGUUCUACUGACGGUAAUCAGGGUGAUCAAACCUCCACAGAGUCUCUGACUUCUGUUUGUAAUGCUGGAGAACAGCAGACGAUGCAGAUACCAGUGAAGAUGUGUUCAGUGAAGCUGCUGGACUGCAGGAAUCUGAUGAAGAUGAGAGAAACCACAUCAGAGGAACAAAAGAGAGAUGAAGAUGAUGAUGAUGAUGAUCAAACCUCCACAGAGUCUCUGACUUCUGUCUGUAAUGCUGGAGAACAGCAGAUGCUGCAGACACCAGCGGAGAUUGAAGUGACGCUGGAGGAGAUAAAAGAAGAAAACACUCUAGAGGAACAACGGAGUGAUGAAGUUGGUGAUUUUUUUCCUUCAGAGCUGAUGGAAGUGAAAGAGGAACAUCAAAAACUGAAUGAAGUGGAGGAAAAACUUCAGUAUCAGAAACAUCAUGAUUUUACAACUUCACAUAAAAAGUCUUUGAGUUUCUCAAAGAAUCAUCUCCGUUGUCACUCUGGAGAAAGACCAUUUGAAUAUGCCAAGUGUCGUAAACCAUUUGUGUUGGAUUCAGUUCUAAAACAACAUCUGAAAACACUCACAAAUGAGAAGCCUUACAAGUGUUCUUCUUGUGAAAGUAGUUUUUCACAUCUGUCCCAUUAUAAAGAUCAUCAGAAAAGACAUAACUGUGCCGGGGCCUAUAUGUGCUUUGAAUGUGGAAAGACUUAUAUGAAAGUCAAAAACUUGAAACGGCACCAAAAAAUUCAUGCUGGACUGAAACCUUACAAGUGCUCACAAUGUGGAAAGAGUUUCACUCAGUCAGAACACCUAAAAUCACACGAGAGAAUUCACACUGGAGAAAAACCUUACAAGUGCUCACACUGUGAAAAGAGUUUCACUCUGUCACAAGACCUGAAAAAACAUGAGAGAAUUCAUACUGGAGAAAAACCUUACAAGUGCUCACACUGUGAAAAGAGUUUCACUCAGUCAGAACACCUAAAAUCACACGAGAGAAUUCACACUGGAGAAAAACCUUACAAGUGCUCACACUGUGGAAAGAGUUUCACACGAUCAGAUGAACUGAAAAUACACGUGAGAAUUCAUACAGGAGAAAACCCUUACAAGUGCUCACACUGUGAAAAGAGUUUCAAUCGGUCACAAGACCUGAAAACACACGUGAGAAUUCAUACAGGAGAAAACCCUUACAAGUGCUCACACUGUGAAAAGAGUUUCAAUCGGUCACAAAACCUGAAAAGACACGAGAGAAUCCAUACUGGAGAAAAACCUCACAAGCGCUAACAAUGUGGAAAGAGUUUCACUCGGUCACAACACCUGAAAACACACGAGAGAAUUCACACUGGAGAAAAAAGUGUGCAUACUGUGAAAAGAGUUUCAGUCUCUCAGAAUACCUGA